AGAGACAUCUGUUCGGCAGUAAGGAGACAGCAGCUCCUGCCUCUCUCAGCUCUGGGGCUAAUCUCUCGGAGCCACCCUCAGUCACAGCCAUCUCAGCAUGUCUUCCAAUAACAUUAAACAAGGUGGCAAAGCUUUCGUGAUCCAAAAGGCGCAGCAGGAGCACAGACUGGAGGAGGUGAACAAGGAGUUCCUUAAAGAUGAAAAAUACAAGGAUGACGAGGACUUGGAUAAAAAACUGAUGUCCUUUAAAAAAAAGUACAUGGAAUUUGACCUUAACCACCAAGGAGAGCUGGAUAUGAUGGGCCUGAAGAAAAUGAUGGAGAACCUGGGAGCUGCUAAAACCCAUUUAGAAGUUAAGAAACUGAUAUAUGAAGUGACGGGAGGCAAAAGUGAGGCAAUCAGCUACCGGGAUUUUGUAACCAUGAUGCUGGGAAAACGUUCUGCCGUGAUGAAAUUUAUCAUGAUGUUUGAGGGAAAAAAUGAAGUCACAUGUCCCAAGCCAAAGGGUCCACCACCCAAGAGAGACAUCAGCAGCCUUCCCUGAAGGAGACCGACAGCACGGCGGCCAGUGCUACUUUCCUGCCUACACAAAGCCAAGUGUUACGGGGUGUUGUUUCAACAAACGCACUCCAGUAUACCAUGUGCCUUAAUGGGGUUGCGGACGCAGCCUUCACAUCUUGCCUCUUCUUCAUCUCUGUGUCAUGCGGCCAUCUUGUUUGCUUGUAAAUCACAUAGAAGUCUUAUUUAUUAUAGGGUGCAGUUGUUGGGUGGAGGGGGCAUUGGACUGGGCAGGAGAAGAAUUCAGUCUUGGGAUGAAUGUAGCCGGAAUGUGCUGCCCCAUAGUGUCUCUUCUUAUCUAACAAAUGCUCUUUUUAUUUCCUGUCCAAUUAAAUUAGAGCAUCAGUUCUUAUGAGCCAAUGUAUAGCCUGUAAAGCCCUUUAUAAAAUCUCUCUCUCCUGCCCCUGCAGGCUUUUAUUAAAAAAAAGUAUGAAUCAGAUUUUUGAGGGGCUGAAACGUUUUCUGAUAUUUUUACCUCUGUAUAUUUUGUAAAGACUUGUGUAUACGAUCAGAAGCGCUUGUUUUUAUUUUCCGAUACUGAGUGACGCCGAGCUGCGUUAAACAAUGUGUAUGAUUUAAUAAAGGGAAACAUUAAACAC